AUGUUGCAGAUGAGGUUUAAGGUCACUCUCUUGCUCCUUAUUUUGGCGGUCAGGUGUGUUGCACAGGAAGAAACCCAAAAUAAAGGCUGUGUUUGUGGAUACCCUGGAAUACCAGGUGACCCUGGACACAACGGUACACCUGGCAGAGACGGACGUGAUGGACUCAGAGGUGACAAAGGUGAUCAAGGUGAAGUUGGCCCCGUUGGACCAGCAGGCAGUCACGGCCACAAGGGAGACAAAGGGGAACCUGGUGCAGUUGGACCAGCAGGGAUCAAAGGAAAAAGGGGAGAUAAUGGAGAACGGGGGCCUCCUGGGAAAAUGGGGCCCCAAGGAGUCCAAGGGCCCAUUGGCCUGAAAGGAAAUAAGGGAGAGCUCGGGCUGCCUGGACCCCAAGGACAUAAAGGUGAUUUAGGGCCUGCUGGACCAGAGGGUCCGAAGGGGGAAAUUGGCCUUCAAGGCGACAGGGGUAUUCAGGGACCAUUGGGACCCCCUGGCAGGCCAGGACCUAAAGGGGAUCUUGGUCUUCCAGGUCACAAAGGCAAUAUUGGUUAUCGUGGGGACAGAGGGGUUCGAGGAGAGAGAGGUGAUAAGGGUGAGAAGGGAGAGGCUUUUGUUAUCUCUAAAAGCGCCUUCUCUGUGGGACUCACAGUACAAAGUAAACUCCCAGCAGCCAAUGCACCGAUCCGGUUUGACAAGAUUAUUUACAAUAAACAGAAUCAUUACGAUCCACAAACAGGAAGAUUCACAUGCUCCGCAGCAGGAGCCUAUUUCUUCACCUACCACAUCACGGUCUUCUCCAGAAACGUGAAGGUGGCUCUCGUCAAGAACGGCGCAAAGAUCAUCCACACCACGGAUAACUACCAGAGCAGCGAGGAUCAGGCAGCAGGGGGCGCUGUGCUGCACCUGGACGUGGGGGACAAGGUGUGGCUGCAGGUGGCUGGAGGAGAGCUGUUCAAUGGGCUCUUUGCUGAUGAAGAUGAUGACACUACUUUCUCUGGGUUCUUAAUCUUUGAGGCUUGA